CCAAGGGUCGCCAUCUAUCCUUCCCGAAACCCUAUUUCUUCUUCUACUACGUAUACCCCGAUCGAUCUCCCACGGGCGGCGGAAGCAACAGGCAUCGACGUCGAUCCAUCCACAUCAAGAACAAUGUAUGUUUUGGUCAAGAACCCAGCCGGUAGGACAAUCCGCCUAAAGGUCCAUGAAUCAGAUACAUUGGGUUCAAUCAAGGCAAUGGUCCAGGAGCGGCAAUUCCUAGUCUCCAACGGGGUGCAGCUAGACGACAACCGUACGCUGGCUGAUUACAACAUCCAGCAUGAAUCCACACUCGAGCUCCAAGAGAAGAUGCAGAUCUGCGUGACGGAGACGCUGAUGAAUAGGACUUUCCCCCUCGACGUCGACAACCUGGAUACCAUCGACAACCUGAAGGCCAAGAUCGAGGACCUUGAGGGCUUCCCCAAGGCUCAACAGUGCCUCAUCUUCGACGGCAAGCGACUGGAGGAUGGGACCAACACCUUGGCGAGUCAAAGAUUCUCCUCAUCCUUCUCCCGUGUAUUCCUAGAGGAGACAUGAUGCAAAUUAUUAUGAAGACGCUAGAAGGGAAGACCAUCACUCUCGAGGUUGGGAGCUUUGAUACAGUCGAUAGUGUCAUGGUGAAGAUGUACGAGAUGAAAUACGCCCCUUACCUGAAGCAGCAGCGCCUCAUCUUUGCAGGCAAGCAGCUGGAGAGAGGACGAACCCUAGCGGACUACAACAUUCGUAAAGACUGUAUCCUUCAUUUGGUGUUUUGCCUUUGCGGUUGUUGAGAUGCAUGGCAUGCGAUUGAACAACCUGUUUUUAUUUUGCCACAGUCUAAGUUCCAGUAGUGCUACCAGUUAAACUAUCCUAGUAAGCAGUACCUUAGUAUCGCUCCACUCAUAUUUCUUGCACUACCGUGUUAUCAGUAAAACUGGGUAUUAUUUAGUAGUAGGUUUUCUUUUUGACAAAAUUAUUUAGUAGUAGGUUAAUGUGUUGAGUGCUUCU